UCAUCAAUUUAUGUCACCCAGAACCACUCCACCAGUGAGGAUUAAAUUCCACAAUCAUGAUGACUAUUUGUCCCACCUCUUUCCUUCUGGAGGGUAUAAAACAAGGUGGGCUCGAGCUCAAAUUCUUCACAAAGCUAUCUGCAUCGCACCUUCCUUAAGUAACUUGUGAUCUGCAAGUCACGUACCGAUUCUAAAGAUCAAAAUCAAAGAUAGGAUGGCUAGAGCACCUUCGGUUUGGCUUCGCUAUGAAGACGGAUUUGCAGGGGACAUAAUCCACCAGAGCGUCAGGAUACCAGACGAUGGCGCCACUUUGGCUACCUACUACUGCUGCAUGCAGUGGAAUGCUGGCAUGGAAGGUGGUGGAUACUGCGGUAUUCAGGACCAUCCUCGCGGUAAAGCCUUCAUCUACUCCAUCUGGGACCCCAAGAAGUCCAAAGACCCUAUCAAAGCAGCAUUUACGGGUGUCGGGACAGAGCCUGCUAACUUCGGCGGGGAAGGAACUGGUCUGAGGUCCAUGAAUUUCUCCGUUGGAUGGGAGACAGGCCGUUGGUAUUCUCUAGUGAGCCGCCGUUGGGAUCAAAACGACCAUACCUACUUUGGCUUCUGGGUUCACAAUGAAACCGGCAAUGAAUGGGAUCAUCUGAUCACCAUGGAUUUCCCGGUGAAGGACGUCACUUUUACGUCAGAAACAGGGAGCUUUGUGGAAGACUGGCAGGGGACAGGGGAUAACAAGCGAACAGCUGAGUUCAGGCAGGGCUUCAAGAGAAAGACGUCAAACGGGACAUGGUUCCCCUUCUCCACGGCACACUUCAGCGUCACCCAAGAGGCUGCGACUAAGAAUCACAACGACAACUACGACGCCGGAGUAAAAGGUGACUGCUACUACUUGUCAACUGGAGGCACCAUUAGUCCUACACCUAACUUGGGGACAUCCAAAACCUUCAAUGCUACGACUGCAAGCCAACCAAUAGAGGCAGCAAUCGAGUUCUCUAUUGCCUCGGCUAAGCCAAACCUUGUGGAGUGGAGCGUCCCGAAGUCGUCCACUCCCCAGUUCAAGUACACUAUCAACUUAGGUGGUCAAUGCGUGGCCUCAGAGACCAAGCAGGAGACUACGAGUCAAGCGAUACAGGGAGGUAAAGUAGGGGAUACAGUGGAGGUCGUUCUGGAGGAUAUCCUUGGGAACACCACGUCUAAGACAGCCAAGAUCACAGGCUAAAUAUGGUGGACCAUCAGCCGAUUUCACGAAACGCUAGGAUUAAUCCUAUCUCGGUAACUUUAGGAUUGGUUCAAUGCGUCCAUAACGUU